AUGGAAGAAGCCCAUGAAGUAGAAAUAAAGCUAAAAGGACACAAAAUCAUAGAAGCAUGCAAAAACAUCAACAAAGACAGAGUAGUUAUCGAAGCAAGCAAUGAUACUAUUAAAGACUUUCUCUAUAUAAUAGAAAAGGUGUUUUCUAACGAUAACGUUGAAGUUACAGCCAAAGAUCUUAGCGCAGAAGAGAAAAGGUCUCUUAUGAAUAUUAUUAGGAAGAACUUAUACAAUAGAAGCAUAUUUGAUCGAAAAAUAGAAAGGCUAAUGCAAACUUUAAAAGUUGCAAUAUCGAUUGGAAAAGAAGAUAUAAUUGAAAAAAAGGCUAUAUCUACAAUCAAUGAACUUAUAGAGAAAAAUGUAUUCGAAGCACAAAAGUGUGGUGUUUACGAGAAUAUGACAGAAAACCCUGCACAUCUAAGUGAGUCUUCUCUUGACAGCACAGUAUUCAAACUAGCGGUUAAAACAGCAAAUACUGCUGUAGGUGCAACCGAGCUAUUGCAAGUAGCUUCAAAACAAAUAGACAGCUAUGUGUAUUCACGUGUUUUUAAAGAGGACAAAGAGCUGGCUGAUCUAAUGAGCAUCAAAGAGCACUAUUCAGACGAAAAUGGGCUAUAUGAUCUGGAUGAGUUGUAUAGUGAAACAUUGGGAAAUGGAAAAAGUUUAGUAGAGCACGGGCUGCAAAUUAUUUAUGAAAAAGCAAAUGAAAUAAAAGAGCUGAGAAAAGCAAUUGAGGACAGCAAUGGCAAUCCUGAUGAUAUACAGAAGAUAUUCAGUGCGAAUUUUAUAGAUAAAAACGACUUGAAAAUACUCAUGUCUCUCAUGCAGCAUAAAGAUAAAAUCAGAAAGGAAAGAUCUAUUUUCAGAAGCAUUCAUAGAAUAAUAGCAGAAAAUAAUAUGCAAAAUACUGAAACAGCACGCCUUGAUAAAACUGUAGACGAAGUAGACUUUUCAAAUCACGGCUCGGUCUGGGAUAUUAUGGAAAGCAUAAUAACACCAGUAGAUGUACAACUUUUAGCACAGUGUAGUAAAAUGCGUACAGAAAUAGAAAAGUCAACUGAAAAUUAUGAAAAUUAUGAUGCUGAGAUAAAGAAAUGGCAAGCUGAAAAGUCUAAUGUUUCCGGCUAUAAGACAAAAUUAAAUGCAAAAAAGAAAAAGAAAAGAGAGCUAAAAGAAAUAAAUGAAAGCAAUAUAAAAAAAUUAGAAGAAUUAAAAGCUAAACUCGAAAAAUUUGGAUUA